AUGGUAGCUGUCUUGUUGUGUCAAGGCGUGGAGAUGAAGAGGUCAAAUGAUAAAUGGCUUAACAGUGAUGUUAUCAUGAACGAAAUUGACGAGUAUUACAGUAAGCUAGCAGUCUACAUCGAGGAGGAUGGUGACCAGCACAAGCGUUUCUUUUCGGUCGUCUCUCUCGCGAUGUACAUGUAUGUGAAGAGUGACAUCAUCGAUGACGUAGAACGCGCUAAAGCAGCAGUGGAAAAGACCAGAGAGCAGCUGAACCAGCCUGCUGACGUGAUAGCCUCGCCCAUGAGAUCGCUUAUGAUCCUCCUGCAGUCAUUCAUACAACAGGUGCGAAUUAGUUCUUUCUUUCUUUAUACUCAGAUAGACAGAGCACUUUAUGCUUUAUAUUAUGCUGACGACUUUCCGAAGGGAAUAUCAAAGUAUGAUAACGACGAUGAUGUUAGAGAAACCAGCAAGACACAGCAGAUAUAA